AUGAUUAGUACACUUUGUUGGAAUGCAAGGAGUAUUGAUACUCAAGGUGCCUUAGACAGACUUCAAAGGUUGAAAGACUACCACAAGCUCUCUAUGAUUGCAGUGCUGGAACCUUUCUCCAACAAAUCACAACUCCACUUCUACAGAAUUCAGUUGGGAAUAGAUAAUGCCAUGUCCAACUCCAACAACAAAAUAUGGCUAUUUUGGAACAAAGACUGUGUGUGCAAUCUUGUGGAUCAGGAUGAACAGCAGCUUACCUGUAAGAUCAGCCAUGCAGCUUGGCCUAAACAAUAUCUCAUUACCUUUGUAUAUGCCAAAUGCAAAGACUACAUGAGAAGAGAACUAUGGGACAAGAUGCUUCAAUUCUCUGAUAGGGAAGAACCUUGGUGCACCAUUGGAGACUUCAAUAGAGAUGCAGAUGCCAGAAUAUGGAAGAGACUUGACAGGGCCAUGGUCAAUGAUGCUUGGUUGGAGGUCAUGCCAGUGAGCACUCUUAAUCACCUGGCCUCUAUAGGUUCUGAUCACUGUCCUCUCCUGUUGGAAUGUACUGAAAGACAAAGUCAUGUUAUCAAAUAUUUCAAGUUCCUACACUGUUGGGUUGAUAAUAAAAACUUCCUUGAUACUGUAAGAUCUUGCUGGAAAAGACCUGUGGAUGGAAAUCCAAUGAGGAUCUUCCAUCAAAAACUGAAAAGAGUCUCUAAUACCCUUAGCCACUGGUCUAGAAAUCAAUAUGGUGAUAUAUUUGCUUCAGUCAAACAAUUUGAGGAACAGGGUGAUGACAAUAUUGCAAGUGCAGCUUGUGCACACUUUGAGAGAAUCUUUACUGCUGAGGAGAAACAAAUCAAUGAAGAUGUGAUUAAAUGCAUCCUAAAGAUAGUUACUGAUCAGCAGAAUGAACUACUACAUUCCAUACCUACAAAGGAGGAGCUAAAGGAGGUAGUAUUUUCUAUGAGUCUUACUUUAGCUGCAGGGCCAGAUGGCAUGAGUGGCAAGUUCUUUCAAUCAUGCUGGGAUAUCAUUAGUGAUGAUCUGCUGAAGCUAGUGCAACACUUCUUCAAUGGUCACUGUAUUCCCAGGUACAUAUCUCAUGCAUGUUUGGUUCUACUUCCUAAAACUGAACACCCCAACAACCUGUCAGAGUACAGUCCCAUCUCCCUCAACAAUUUCACUAGCAAGAUCAUAUCCAAACUACUUUGUCUCAGACUUGCUCCCAUUCUACCUCAGCUCAUUUCAGACAAUCAGUCAGGAUUUGUUAAAGGUAGGAGUAUAUCAGAAAAUAUAAUGCCGGCACAGGAAAUUAUUCACAACAUUAAGAGACCCAAUAUAGGGACAAUGUAG